UGUUUUUAUUUAAUCCUGAUGACGGUCACGAUAUUUGCCGUGUCAUAUAUUUAUGGACAUGAUGAUCAAAAAAUUGUCAAGGGCUAAAUAAUUUCACAAAUAUAUGACGAGUGCAAACGCCAUAACAAAUGUCAAGGAGAAUGUCAUUGUCAAAAACACCUGAUUAAUGCAGAGGUACAAAAAAAAAAGUUAUUCCGAUACUAAGUGCAAAACGAUGGUCUACAAUUAGAUACUUUACUCAUUAAAUGGAAUUAGAUCACAUAUCAAUUAUCAUGUAAACAAAUAGUUCUCGUGCUCAAGUCCAAACAGUAUUAUACACUUUUAGUAUUAUGAAUAAAGCCGAUAAGGAGAGAAUGUUGGCUUGCGGUUCUCGGGCGAAUCUGUCUCAGAUGCAGGGAUUUCAUUUUUACAAACGCGAAUUGUGUCUAUAUUUUGGUGUAUACUUUGCCUACCUCAUAUAUGGAUUAUGGAUUUUGUGGGAUUUGCGCGAAGUUUUGCAGCAACGUUCAGGAUAUACACGCGACCCCUUCAAUUAUGAGUUGGACAUCUUCAAUAGUUAUAUCACUUCAAAUUGGUAUUGGUACUUCCUACAUGCCAUAAUUGCAACAUUUUCAAGAGCUUUUUUCAAGUUGGAUUAUAUAGGAUGUGCCUACGCAUGUGUAUCAGUACCUUCAUUGUUAUACAUUCUUCCGCUGAAAAUGAACAUGUUUCUUGGCUUAAUGCUGUUAAUUUUUUAUUUAGUGUCAUAUAUCGGCAACAGAAAAUUAAUAUGGUUCGCAACAGGCUUGUGGGUAGCAGUACUCAAUAUUUUAGCAUUAAAUAUUGGCAACUUUUCAGACGAACAAGACAUUUUUUAUAUAUUUAGUGUGAUACUAUUUUGGUCAUUGUUGCGUUGUUGUAGUUUUGCUCAUUUUUGGUCCGAUUUAAAUUUGAAAAGGAAAGAUCUUUUAGAAAUGUAUAAUGUUACCCACUUUUUAGGAUAUACAUUAUAUUUUCCCACUCUUGUUAAUGGUCCAUUUGUAGAUUAUAAACGAUAUAUUGUUAUAUUAAGAGAAGGGAACACACAUGGAUUCUAUAGAGGUUUUAAAGAUUUUGCAUAUGAAAUAAUUCGACUUUUCUUCUGGUGGCUUGUAUUAGAGCUAGGCAUGCGUUAUUUGUUUGUACAUUACAUGGCAAUGGAAACAGAAAAAGCAAAACUUGUCAAAUCACCUUUUGGACGGCAUGCAAUUGGAUAUUUCUUAGGUCAGUUCUUUUUCAUGACGUAUCUGGUUAAAUAUGGCUUGGGAAUUGCGUUUUCCCGUUUCGAUGGUAUGCAACCACCAAAUAAACCACAAUGCAUUGGUCAUGUUCAUUAUUAUUCGAAUAUGUGGAAACACUUCGAUCAAGGACUUUACGAAUUUCUAUUUGAUUAUAUUUACUACCCACUGGUUAAUGCAAAUUAUUCAAAAUUCGUUUCCACAGUACUCACUUUUGCAUUUGUUUUCAUGUGGCAUGGCUGUCAGACCGAUAUUCUAAUCUGGACAGUAAUGAAUUUCUGGUGUUUGAUAUUGGAAAAGUUAUUGAAGCAUGCUUUGCGAUCAACUUUCUAUAAGACUUGGAUUGAACAAAAAUUUGGUUCGCGAAUAUCACAACGUUUUCAUGCAAUAGUUUUCAGCCAACUUUUUAUAGUGGCAGCUUUUGCAAACAUUUUCUUUAUAGGAAGUCCUGAAAUGGGCGUAUUUUUAAUAAUAAAUGCUUACGGGAAUGGCUUCGCGAAUUAUCUUGCAUUGUCAUUUUGUUGCUACUGUUUCUUUCAAUGCUCUGAAUUGAUAUCUAUGAAACUUUGGAGACAAAACACGAAAUGGAAAAGGAAAGACAAAUCAAAUUAGUUACGUUGUAAAAUUGUAUUUUUAGAAUAACAUAAUUAGAAAUACUGAUUAAGAAGUUUGUAAACUUUAUUUUAUAUAAUUAUAUAACAAGGACAACCACAUUAAAAUUUUUUUAUAACUAUGUUCAUACAUACAAAAAACAAUAAAAAAUGUCAACUGAUAAUUUUUGGAGAAAUGAAA